AUGUACACCAGAUGGUUUCUGCUCAUUCUCGCACAAUUCUUGUCAGAUUUUGUAACAGCAAAUGACGAUUUGUAUAUUCUGAUUGAUGAAAUAAGCGUCUACAAUUGUCGAGGAGUGAAAAACGAAAUCAAAGUGAAUGAGGAGGAUGUUCAAAUUGUCGACGAACGCGGUCAACGAGUUUAUUACAUCCAUGCUCCUGGAAACUAUUCGCUGAAUUUCAAAAAAAUCAAAGUCGAAAAAAAUUUCGGCUUUCUGGCCGGCGAAAUCGGCGUGACACUUCAAGUGCCGAUAAUCGAAGGACCCGCUGGCAUUCGAUUUGAUCUACCGUACACGAUGAUUCCUGAAACGAGUCUUAUCUCGCAAAAAUGCGACGAAUACAGCGGAGUUGUUGAGAGAAACGGCAGAACGUACUGUCGAUAUUGCGAUUUGUGCGAAGUCGGAAAUGCCGUCGAACGCGAUUUGGCGAAUGGACGCAAUCAAUUUCUUUCGAAAAAUCCCAACGACACGCCAAAUGGAAAAUGCCACGAUAUUGAGGCGAAUGAAUAUGAUUUUAGAAGGACUAUUCAACUACCAAGUCGAUCGACCUUGGAAAAUCUGAUUCGAAGUAAAGCUCAGGGAGUGGACGACGAGAUUAAGAAGCGAUUGAACAAGGGAAGAGGAAGAUUCCAAGUGUUUCUGAAUUUGAUCACAGCUGAGAAGCCAGCAAUUUCGAGGAAUCGAUGGUUCGCUGGAUCGAAAGAUUGCGAGUGUUGUUUCAACAAAAAUUCUGAAAACUGCGACAGUCUCUCGUAUCUGUAUUGCAAUAUGGAGGACUGCAAAACCGGUUGGGCUCUUCAAUGCCUUCACAAUACUGCGAGAAUUGCAGCAUGUUAUACGGUGGAAUUCAAUUAUAGAAUGACUGUAUCCUACGCCGACGUUGUUCAAUUUCUUCGAGAAAAUAAUUACCCGCUUCAAAAUUACAAUCCCGCCCAACCCAAUGAAAUAAUCACACCGGCUCCGAAGCCUGUGAUGCCAACAGCAGAACACAGGGAGAUCAGUCAAUUACAGAUGUCGAGAGCAUGUGUUGAAUCCAUGUCGCCAAGGUUAACCCAUCUAAAACGGUAUUGCACAAUUUUCUGGAACGAAAAGCUUUGUUGCGAGCAUUGUCCCGAUAUUUGCUAA